UGAGCCUCUGACUCCAUUAAUAACUUGUGCAGUGGGGACCUAUUAUGCAAGUCCUGAAACCUGAGAGCCAGUCACCUGCUCUGCUACCUGAGCCAGGGCUCAAGGGACGGAGGAGGAGAGAAGAAGGGUAGACAGCCUCAUUGAGCCGCCUGCCUGAAGGACUAAACUCAUAUGGAUAAGGCCUUGGGUGCUGCUGGAAGCUCCAGAGAUCCCUUGUGGGUGUUUUUUAACCAGCAUAACUAAACCAGAGGCCUGUGUGGGGAAUGAAUUAACCGCGAAAUAUCAAGAUCCACUGAAGCAUGUCUAACAGAGCUGUCUGUGUUAAAGUUCUACCAAGGACACAGGCUCACCUUCUCCUUUCAUCUGCACAGCAUAUUCAGCUCUUAACUCUCAGACAGUUAACAUAAGCUCAAAGGGUCAUUUAUACAAACAUAUUGACUGAGUCGAUGAGUUCUGCUCUGCUCCUUGAUCCCCUGUCAGCUGAGAGGAGUUUUCUACCGGGGCUUGAGAAAAGACCACAGAGCUCUCUCAGCUACUCUGUGACUGCACGCACGGAUGUGUAACACUCCUGGCUGAGUGCUGUGGCUUCUGCUGAAAGAAGUGGAUAUACAGUAUCUGAGUAUCUAGCAACACUUGAUGUCUUGGCCUUGACACUCCGCGUUAUCAGAUGAAAAAUAGAAGCGAGCUGGUCAAUGUCAGUGGGUUUCCACAGUUGGAGAUUCCCAAGCAUAUCGACGCCUGACAUCAAUGAGACCUCAAGUAAGGACAUCACUGCUUCACUGCACAGGAAUGUCCUGUCAUGGGGUGUGUGGAGGGGGCAAGAGGAGAAGGAGAGUGUAUCCCUUAGAACAAUAACACACUCUGCCUACUCUGAGACUGCAGACUGUGGAUCUUGCAGUGGAGUUUCCAACCUUUUCAGGACUGCAAGUGUCCCAGAUGUGGUGGAAAGAAGUCCAACGAGAACUUUUUCCUCCGUCACCAUCGCAGCCCGGAUGGUUUUGCCAUCACGUUUCACCUCACAGGACCCCGUGUAUCCAUCUACUCCAACACAGCAUGUGAAGAUAUCUCCACCAAAACUUCCAGAAACUUUCGGAGGAACCACCACAAGCAGAAUGAGAGUGUCAAACUCCCAACCGGACGUGUGCAGACAGAAUUCUACCAUUGUGACGCCAAAUGAGCUCAGACAGGCCCACUCACCAGCUGAUGAAUUGGCAGUGAGAGAUCGAGGAAAGAGGAAAGUACAACUUGUACAACGCAGACCGAGCUACACAGAGGGUGACAGAAAGCAGGACAGAGGUGGCUCGCUUGUGAACCUGGUCUCACAGCCUUCCUACAGGUCUUGUAUCCAUCUUGAGUUGUCUCUGAGGUUCACUAGGUCUGUCAUGUUUUUGGACAAGUCGCUUUCCAUUUCCCUUGAGGAACUACAGGGAAGAAGAGCAAGUCAACCUACUUUGUACAGGUCCACCUUGUCUAUUCGCCUUGGAGUUUCAACCUGCAGCAGAUCCUCUACAGAUAACAAACCAGCCAAAACAAAUGAGGGUUACGGGAGAUCCAGGGCACCCAUGUUGGACCAUAACAAACACAUUGGUCGAGGGAGUGGUUUAGGUCACUGCAGAGACCCUCUAUCAAAGCAACAGGGCCGUAAGGUCGAGAAAAUAGCACCCACUCAUGGUGUUCACAGCAAGGCUGAUGAUUCAGACAUACAGCACCACAGCAAUACUUUGGAAUUAUUGUCAUUCAGAGGGCCAGGCCCCUCAAACACAAAGGCCGGAAGGCAAAAGGGGAAUGCAGAUGAGCCAGCCUUCCUUCCACGGAGCAAUUUCAAGCACAGGCAGCACACUUCCAAUAUUGGCCCAGUGGACUCUAGAACAUGGAGCAAGCGAGCAGGAAGAGACAAGACAGAGGAGCAACAUGAACAUGACUGUUCCACAGAGCCUCAGAAAGACUACGCCUUGGAUAAGACCUGUUCCAGACUGAAGGCUGAAUUUCUCAAGGGCACACCUAAGACUCUCAGCCUCAAGGAGGCUUUGGAGCUCUUCAGGCCAGAUUUCAUCAGCCGAUCUCAGGGUCGGGUGAGGAGGUUGGAACAGAGGGCUCUGAGAAGGAGAGAGCUGCAGGACUCCAAUCCAGACCUGGUGCAGGGCCUCAGGGAGGAUCGAUUCAAACAAAAGAGGAACUGCACCACACCGGAUCCACUUAGCGAUAACCUUUUCAAGCCUAGAGAGAGGUCUAUAUCAGGCAGAGAGAUGCAGCUGAGGUCCAGACGGAUUUACAACAAGCUGCCAGAGGUGACAAAGAAAAAGGAGGAGGAGAAAAAGAGAGCUGUAUCAGAAACCAACAGACUGCGAGCAGAGGUCUUUAAAAAGAGACUUCUGGACCAGAUCCUGCAAAGAUAAAUGGAAGACACUAAAAAGGCAACUGGGGUUAAUUAACUGACCAUUCUUGGCUCUUCACUUCACGCAAUUACUAUCAAUUACAUACUGUAUUAAAUAUGACUUUGUAUUAAAUUCAAUUAAUCUGCUUUGCAAAGGCCAGGCCUGUACAAAUGUGUUCAUUUAAUUAAGGCUCAGAUCCUAUUUUAGUCUUGCUCUUUGCGUCCUGAAUGCUAUACAGUGCAGAGAAAUGCACUUAGAAACAAAAAUUUGCUGACAUUGUCAACACAGUUUUACAGUUGUCAGGGUGACAGGAGGACACAUUUCUUUAUUUGUCAUCAGUAUUUUUCAGGCAUUUUAUUUCACACCUAACAUACACGUUUAGAUAUUUCUGCUUGUACCACAAUGGCAGAUUAUAACAAAAUAAAUAAUUUUGUUUAUACUAUAAGAAUAUUCUAUGAAAAUUAGACGUGAUAUUCAUAAGCGCAGCCUUCCCACCUACCACAGAUGAAUUCAUAAUUGAUUAAAGACGUGUUUGACAGCUGAAAUAUUACAGCAGUGGAAUUGUUAUCUGUCUUCUCUGCUCAAAUUGACACCGGGUGAUUAUAUGCAAUGCAGAUGAAUGAUAUAAUUUUGCUCAUUUAUUUUCCAAUGAUUUGAUUCUUUACGUACAAUCUAAUUUUCCACUAAUGUAUCUCAAGUAUCUCGAAAUGAAAUAAAAGUAUU